UCGUCCUCUUCAACACAUCCAGCUCCACCACUGACAUCAAAACUGGUUUUAGUCAAGGAUCCGCAGGCAAAGGAGAAGAGAAUUACAGAAAAGCAGCAGAAACAGAAGACAGAUUAUUUGAGCACUUCUUUGGAGAAAAACAGCAGCAGAAAGUCAUCAUGUCUCUUCAAGUGAAGAAGACAGACGUGCGUCUCGUGUUUUUGGGAGCAGCUGGAGUGGGGAAGACAGCCCUCAUCCAGCGCUUCCUCAAAAACACCUUUGAGCCCAAGCACCGGCGCACAGUGGAGGAGCUCCACAGGAAGGAGUACGAGGUGGGGGGUGUCAAAGUCACCAUCAACAUCAUGGACACCAGUGGCAGCUACUCCUUCCCUGCCAUGCGUAAGCUGUCCAUUCAGAACAGCGAUGCCUUUGCCCUGGUCUACGCCGUGGAUGACCCAGAAUCCCUGGAGGCGGUCAAGAGUCUGCGAGAGGAGAUCCUGGAGAUCAAAGAGGACAAGUACACGCCAAUUGUGGUGAUAGGCAACAAGAUAGACCGUCUAAGUGAGCGUCGGGUGUCCAGCGAGGACAUGCUGUCCACUGUAGAGAUGGACUGGAACCAAAGCUACCUGGAGUCCUCCGCCAAAGAAAACAUCAACGUGCUUGAAGCUUUCAGGGAGCUGCUCAAGCAGGCCAACCUGCCCAGUUGGCUCAGUCCUGUGCUGUACCGGAGACGAGAGACCUUCCCCAAGGAGAUCAAAAAAAGACCCCCUUUGAACAAGACCAACAGCUGCCUCAUCUCAUAAUGAUGUGGAGCUGCUCAGAAGGCAACGCCACCAAAAAAACAAAACAUGAAGACAUGCCCACAAGAGACAGGGAGAAAGAGACUGAAAGGACUUUGGUGAUGCGGAGACACAAACCAAGAGACAGUGUUAAAUGUGUCAAGACUCUAAUGAAAGACUAAGAGUUGU